AUGGCAUCGGGAAACAGUGUGCUGACAGAUGUAGACUCAUUUCUACAGGAAAUGGCUAAUUCUUCUGUCUCGCAUUCACUCGACCAUCAUUCGCUGCCAGAACACCAUGAUCAUCACGACCAUUCGAUGCAUAGCAGCCAUGCAACCCACGGCACCCAUGGCGAACAUGAAGGUCACAUGAUGAAAAUGUGGUUCCAUGGCGGUUGUAGUGAAGUGAUUUUAUUUGAUUUUUGGCGUAUAGAUUCUAUAUCAGGACUAGUAUUUUCAUUUAUCGCGAUUUUUGUAAUGGGCGCAAUGUACGAAGGAAUCAAAUGGUUCCGUGUUUAUUUACAAAUGGAUAAUACAAUGGCCAAUUUUGCUGCUCCGAAAGAAAAUGGCAUCAGCCUUCAAAGCGUUGUUCAUGACAAGGCUCCACUUCAUAAUGACGUGGUUCGAAGCAGUUCGAACGAGGAUGUUUACAAUCCAACCACAACACCGCCUAGUCAUGCUAUACGAUCUCAUAAUCGUCAUACGAGCCCAUACUCUGCUUCAAGUCCUUGCUCUUCAAAGCGGCUCAUUCAAGCAGCUCUGUACGUUUUGCAACUUGUACUGGCGUACUGGCUUAUGUUAAUAGUAAUGACCUACAAUACAUGGCUCACAAUAGCCGUUGUCCUUGGGGCAGGAUUUGGACACUGGCUCUUUGCAGUUCUUAAGUUUCGGGAUCCUGCUGGAUUUAUUUGGAUGCAAUUUGAUCCUGAAAGGCAACGAAGCCAACCGAGAUUUCUGCUAUCAUAG